AUGCUCUCAGGUGGAGACGGCCUCGGCGACAGCCCCGCGCGGGAACCUCUGGGCCGGAGCCGCCGCCGGGGGCGGGGACGGGCGUUGCCAUGGGCGAGGCGCUCCCCGCGGGCCGGGCUGGCCGGCAGCCUCGGGCGGCGCGGGGCGGCCGAGCGGCGUCUGCGGCGCCGUGCGGGGCGCGGCGGGCCGGGACAUGGCGCGGCGGGCGGGAGCUGCGCGGUGGCGGAUGAGCUGGCCAGCGCCGCCGCCCGCGGGGACCUGCCGCCUCAGGAGCUGCUGGAUGGAGCGGCCGACCCCAACGCCGCCAACUCCGACGGCAGGACCCCCAUCCAGGUGAUGAUGCUGGGCAGCCCGCGGGUGGCCGAGCUGCUGCUGCGGCACGGAGCCGACCCCAGCCGCCCCGACCCGCGCACCGGCUGCCUCCCGGUGCACGACGCUGCCCGCGCCGGCUUUCUGGGGACGCUGGCGGCGCUGCACCGGGCCGGGGCGCGCCUCGACCUCCCCGACGGCCGCGGCCGCCUGCCCCUCGACGUGGCGGCGGGGGGCCCGCACGGAGCGGUGGGGCGGUACCUGCGCGACCCUUCGCCCUGUGCCUAACCUCUCCCCGGGCCAUCGCCUCCCCAAACUCAUUGCCCGCGCCCAGCUCGGGAGACACCAAGUGGAACAGCACUCAUGCGAUGUUGUGCAUAGCCCCGGAUCGAGUUUCCCUGCUGGAUGCACGAAGGACAAUAUUCUUAGGUCAUGACUGUAUAUUAUCCUGCACUGGAAAUGCUAUGGCCCUCCGCAGGCCCCUUUUUUCACACAAGAGUCCAAACACUGAAGAGAAAUAUAAAAUAUUAAAUAUUAAGUAGGAAGUAUGAAAUACGAAGUAGAAAAAUACUAAAUGUGAAAAUAUUAAAUAGCAAAUAUUAAAUAUUAAAUAUGAAGGAAAAUCCCCUCACAGAGUUAUGGUACUAUAAACCCUUCCUCUGUUUUGAUGGGGCCACCUCUGGACUUUCUGCUCCCCAGUGGCUCCCCACUCAUGCUUGCUAGCCCCCAUCUGAAGAAGAUGGGAGAGGUUUCAAGGUGUCCCUGUCCUGACAGCUCCCUGUUUGAUUUUGGUUAAAGAGAUCUGAAGGGGGGCUGAAGCCAAUCUGCCUUUCUCUAGCAAAUGCUUCCUGGUGUGAUUGCAGCUUUUGGUAAAUACCUUAUUAAAACCACGUAGGAUGCUGUGCAUGUCUGUACACGUACUCACAGCUACCCAUUUGUAGCUUUCCUUGCGUAGGCUGCAACUAUAGGAGCUGGAAGGAGAAAAGAAAUAAAUUUGUAUCUCUGCAAGCCUGAUAUGAUCCUCAGUUGAAGUAUCCUCGUUGUUUUAACAGUUUGCAAGUGACCGCUUCUGAGUUAUAGUACUUUUGAAAAAUCACGUGAUUUUGAAACCGAGGCAGCCAUAAACGAAAAAUUAAAAAUCAUACAUCUGAACUCAGUUCCCGUGUUUCUCAGGAUGCUCGGAGGUGACACAUUUGGUGAAGAAACAAGGAAACCUUUGAAACAGCUCUGCUGCUGGUGGGGGAACGAGGAGAGGGGCUAUCUGUUAAUUAUACGGCAAGCGAUACAUGUUUCACUGGCUGCUUCGGCGCGGGGGAGUCGAACACGAGCACCCCAGGAAAAAGAUACAGAGCUCUGCCGAGGUGAAAGGAGGAGGAGGGGAGACCCGAUCUCCCCGCAGCGAGCCCCCAAGCCGCCAGAGAGGUGUGCUUGAGGAGCGCACAGACAGCAGCGAGCCGGGCGGUGAGGCAGGGACGGUGCUCCCAGCCGGUGCGAGACAAGCGGUAGACCCUGCCUCCCUCCCUGGAACCCGAGUGGGGUUGUGCUCACACGUUCUGCACCUUGGGGGCUGAGAAAGGGAAGUCGGGCGAAGCAGUGACAGAGUUCCGGUCUCGUACACCAGCGCUAAUCCUGGGCACUUUGCAGAACUACCUGAAGAAAAGGUGAAAAAGAUUUAUCUUGAUUUUGCAUUCCACUGAGUAUCCAACCCUUAGGUAUCUCAUACAGAAACAUGAAAAAUAAUGUAUAUACCUUUUUUGUAACGUAUUGUUUAUUGUCAUGUAAUUUAAUACAAUGCCUGUUUUAUAAUUACUUCGUAUAUGUUGUUAUGCUAUAAAAUAUUUAGUUGUGUCAUUCAUGUAUAUAAUGCUUCUUCGUAAUAUCUAUAUAAAAUAUACAUUAUACACAUAUAGAACACACAUAUAUAAAACGUUAUGAUUAUGCAUCAACGUGAUAUAUU